CACUAGCAUAGGUACGUACUGUGAGUAUGAAGUAAUGUGAGGUACGAUGUACGAUACGAUGUACGAUACCUCGUAUCGUACGAAAAAUCAUUGCACAUCCCAGCAAAGAACAAUACGCAAGAAAUUCGGUUGGCAUGCAAAAAUUACAGCAUUUCGAUUUAGAACAUAGCAGACGGAGAUAUCGGUGCAUGCAAUGGAGCCCUAYGGUGCGGCGGAAACAGAACCCGACGAAUCGAACAAACCCGAUUUUGAUCGGAACUGUAGGGCCUCCGUGCUGACGGAUGUGAAGCGGUGCGGCUUGGCCCUGCGACACGCCUCCGACGAAUUGCGGAACGACAGAGAGAUCGUCCUGGCCGCGGUGAACGAAAACGGCGAGGCGCUGCUCCAUGCCUCCAACGAGCUGGUUCGCGAYAAGAAUUUUGUCCUGGCCGCCCUCGAAGAGAACGCAUGGGCGUACUCGUUUCUGCCCUGGGAGUGGAAGGACGACAGAGACGUGGUGCUGGCCUCGAUACGAAACGGCUGCGGCACGGCCAUCUCACACGCACCCGAAGAAUUYYKGGGCGACGGGUCCGUCGUCCUUGCCGCGGUGAGGGACAACGGGUUCCUCUUUCAGCACGCCUCGGAAAGCCUGAAGGCGGACCGAGACUUCGUUUUGGCCGUGGCGUCCGCAGACCAGAGYGGGCACGCCUUUCGGUUUUCCUCGGAAGAACUGAAACGCGACCGUGCUUUGGUGCUGGCCUGYGCGAAAGAGUGCGGCCUGGUCCUGCGGUGCGCCGGGGAGGACUUUUCCCGCGACCGAGAGAUCGUGUGGGCGGCGGUCUCCCAGAACGGCCAGGCACUGGAGUUUUGUGCGGACGAGUGGAGGAACGACCGGGGCGUUGUCUCGAAGGCCGUUGCCGACAAGGGCUACGCUUUGCGGUUUGCCUCGGACGAGCUGCGGGGCGACCGGGGCAUCGUCUCGGCCGCCGUGGAAAGCUCCGGCUACGCUUUGCGGUUUGCCUCGGACGGCCUGAGGGCCGACCGGGGCCUCGCCGCGGUGGCCGUCCGGGGGUACGGGGGGGCACUGGAAUGCGUGUCCACCGAGUUGUCCGGCGACAAGGAGAUCGUUCGUGCCGCCGURGAAARCGAUGGGGAYGCCCUGCGGUUUGCUUCGUUGGACCUCAGGGGAGAUCCCGAAAUCGUCUAUGCGGCGCUGGGGGAGUCUCCGCUCGCCCURGCGCAUGCCUCGCGGGAGUUCUUUGUCUCCGGUGCAAAGCGCUUCCCGAACCGUAAAUGCAGCGGAACGCCGGUCGGCAACAAGCAGGAGGACGAGGGAACGCUCGCUCCGGCAUCCAUGAGGGACAGAACACAGAAGGAUGGCUCUUUGUCGCAGGAACCACGGGCCUUGGCCACGGGCAAUGCGCCAUUGUGCGAGGAACACGACGACAAUCGCAAGAGGCGCCGCGRAUCGUCUCCGGAACCCUCCGGCGCUUGACCGAGGCAAGGAAAGAGCGCAACGCAACGUACCGUGCUUGCUUGCACCGCGACACCGAGGUGCGUGGGCCCGUGUGUUUGCUCUAUUCCCGCGCAACGAACGAACGGAACCACCGCCACACCGUCGGGCGUUGCGGUACGCGGCGGCAGCGGUKUUAGAAUGCUUGCUCCGGGACGUUUCCACAAGGCACCUCCCGGUGGCACGAACAGUGGCAGCAGGAGCAAAAGCUAUCGAUCGGGAUUGAUCGAUCAAUCAAUCGUGUAGUUUKUUUUCAUGCCAUCUUCUCCGUCACACGAAACAGAACCGAAUGCGGACACGAAACAUUUUUAAAGGAUGCACCACUCCAGUUAGGCAAAUCGUGGUGCUUGUACUAUUGCCAGCUCUCCACUACUAAUAGUAUUUGCWCAUCGCGUCGUGGUUGUGGAGGAGCAACAAAGAAGCUUUGAUGGU